CAAUGCCAUUAAAAGUAGAGGCUGGUUCGGUCUAUGGACGCAUGAUUGGCCCCAGCCUGGCAGUCAGUCUGGGGGCUUCAGAGACACUUCCUCUUCUCAUCCCAGAAGAUGAGCCGGAGCAGAACUAUUUGAAGCCCCUGACCAGAGCAGAGCUGGAGGCAGCAGCUGGAGGACCAGGCUGGAAGAAGUUCCGCUCUCGCCUGAUUCUUCUCUUCUGGCUAAGUUGGCUGACCAUAUUGGGUAUUGCUAUCACCGUGAUUGUACAGAGCCCGCGGCCUGUAGCUCAUCGCCUGCCCUGGUGGCAGAAGGAGCUUUUCUACCGCUUACAGCCUGCCCUGUUCAUGGAUGCAGAGACAAGUGCUAUAAGCAGAGUGUCUGAGAGGCUGCCAUACCUGAAGUCUUUAGGAGUUGGAGUUAUUAUACUGGAGGGAUUAUUCAGGCCGGAUGUCUCUGUCUUAAACCUGACUCAGAUUGAACAGAGACUUGGAACAUUAUCUGAGUUCCACCAAUUCAUCACCAACAGUCACGCAGCAGGUAUGAGGGUCAUUCUAGACCUCUGCAACUACAAGGCAGAGAUCAUAUCAAAUGCUUCAGAUUAUGUCCAGGAUUCAUUAAGGUACUGGCUCGAGCAAGGUGUGUCAGGAUUUGAAAUCUGCAAUGUAGGCACUGCGUUUACUGAGAAGACACUGCAAAAGUGGAAAGAAGUGGUCAAGGAGUUUAACACGGAUGGCAAUGAAAGGAUAACGAUGGUGAGAGAAAUAAGUGAUUCUGUUCCAGGGCUCAAUAUUUCCGAGUCAGCAAUAAACAGCUCUACGUUUGAGUUAGUAUCAAAGUUUCUGAUUCCUCCAUCCUCACAUCCAUUAUCAGCUUCUGAGAUAGCUGAAGAAAUGGAGUCCAUGUUGAAGAACCUCCAUGGAGAAAGGCCAAGCUGGAGAGUAGAUGGGCCUGUAUCCUGGAAUCUGCAGAAAAUUGUCAUGGUUCUGAUGAUGACCCUGCCUGGAACUCCUGUUAUCAGACAUGGUGAUGAGAUCAGUCAAGCUCCAAACCCACAUCACCCAACGCAUUCCACAGCUCUGUUCCACUCUCUGAGCCGCAUACGUUUUCAUGAAGAAGCUCUCCUUUAUGGCACCUUCACCUUUCUCACUUUCAAUACCACUUCCCUCAGUUUUGGUUCCACAAACUCCACAAACUCCACAGCCACAUCACCUAUGGCAUACCUGCGCUCAUGGGGGUGUGUUCAUUUCCUGGUGCUGUUUAACUUGGGUUCAGAGUCUCAUGCUCUGAACUAUAACUGGACAUUGAGUGUUCCUGAAAGUGGAAUGUUUGUAACUAGCACAGGUCUGAAUCGCGUUGGUCCAGUGACUCUUCAGUCCAUAACACUCCAACCUUACGAAGCCAUUGUCAUUAAGCUGUUUGAGACAGACCCUGAUUUCCGAGAGGCAGGAAAUAAGUACUCUUAUGAGUAGCUUGAAAUACCAAUGGAGUUUAUUGGAGUAUGUUUAUAGUAUGUCUAUAGUUUCUUCUUUUAACCACAUGAGGUCACUCUAUUGUACCUGCUACAGUAUAUCUUAUGUUUCAAACAUUUGGGUGUGACAGAGUUUUAAACAAACAGGAUUUUGUGGUUUUUCACUUUGUGACUUCUCCAUUUCCCUCAGAUGUACCGAUUAUUAAUGACGAUGUGAAUUCACAUUAUUCAGAAUAUUGACCUCAGACAAACCACCAUGGCCAAUACACAUUCCCUCAUUUCCUGAAGAGCUCACUUUCAUUCCCUUAUUCAGAAAAGAUCUGUUUUAAAUUAUUCUGUUGUGCUCAUAUCCCCUGGGAGUUAAAAACCACAUAAAACAAAAAUUCAUUAGAAUACCACAAUUGCUGCAAAAACAGAUUUGCCUCUCUGUGGACCUGCAUGACCAUGGUAUUGAAGGCAGAUUAUAUUCAGACGUCAUUUAUACACUUGUAAAUAGACUUUUCUGUUCACAAUAGGAACUCAAACCCCCUUUUCUUUCAAUUAAUGUAAAAUAUUUCAAAACUAUUGGUUUGAUAUUGAUUUGAUUGUUUUUGAUUAUUAAUAUUCUACAGACUAGAAAAUUGUGUGAGGUUGUGAUGCUUGGUUGUGAGGUUGUUUCAACGAUGCACAGUUCUGCUUAUCCACAUCUUCAGGGUUUGCUAAUGAGAGUCCUCAGUACAUUGUCAAUAAGACUGUAUGAAAAGUUCAACACUAAUGAUACAGCAUCAGAUAAGUCAGUUCCUGUGUCAUUAAUGUCAGAAAAAUGUCUCAGACUUUCAUCUACUGUCUGCUGGUAUUUCUCAGAUUAUACACUGAAUAUUGCAUUAUGUAAAAGGCAGAUCUAUAAAGCAUGGUCAGCAAAGUAAAGGUAUCUGUUUCAAUAGGUUUGCAACAGUCAAUAUAUCAUUGCACAGACAGAGCUGUUCAUACCUGUGCUAAAGUUAGAAUUCACAGACAGUCUGCAGACUGACUAUGGCAUUACACCAUGGUGACCAAUUUAUCGAUUGAUUGGGUGAUACAGUAAUCAUUUUUGUCUUUUAAAUAAUUAGAAGAAUAAAGCCAGAGGGAACAAGAUGUGUAUUGUGACAGGAAUUGCUCAAACUAUUACUUUCCCAUGUGCAGAAAUUAUGAAAUUAUGACUACGCCUAAAGAAGAAGUGUGAAGUUUCCGUUCUCUUUAUCUCUUGUGACAUCUAUUGGCAGAGUAAGUGUUUAUAAUUAUUUUUUUUAUUUACUCUUUUUAUUUUCUUUGUGAGGAAUAAAUAUAUCUGUACAUGCUAUGUCUGCUAAUGAAAUGAAUGCUAUCUUCAUACUAAUGAAACAAAAAAGUCUGCAAAAAUGGAAAUUCUAAAGCAUGCUUUAUUCCAAACACAGAUUCUAUAUUAAGGUAAAUUCCAGACAGACUUAGCGGUAGUGAAACUCAGAUUUCAUCAAAGAUGACAAUAAUGGGUUGUUCACUUCUCUAGUAAUAAUCCUUUAUUUUGGCCAGAGACAGCAAAUUGUUUGGGUUUUUUAGUGUAUUAGUUUUUCCUUCUAUGUCUCCAGUCUGUUUUUAAGAUCUUCAUAUUUCAUCAUCUAUGUAAUCCUGUACCUCUGUCAAAUGUACCAAAUCUACCAGAAACCUAAUUAAAGAAUACACCAUAUCUUUUAAGAAAUCAUGCAGGUAAUUGUGUACCUGACCUAUCUGAUUACAAUCAUAGCAUACCAUUCUGAUUUUCUUUGUUGUUUUUUUUCUAAACAAAUAUUUCAGACCUACUAAUGGAAAGUGAAGGACAUACUUUACGUCUGAAAAACCUACCGUUAUUAUGCAGUGAAACUGCUGUUCUGAGCUCCUUUUUUUAAGGGUUAAGACCCUAGAUCAUUAAUCUUAGUAUAAGAAAUUUGAUAAAUAAGUGGGCUAGAAAUAGCACAAACAUUUUCUUUCAUGGACACUGCAGUUAGUCCAACUAUAUUCUGUUCACUGCCUGAAUAAACACACAAACAUGGGAAAAUGGAGCAAUUGUUGUUGUCAGGAAAUCGGGAAAUGAAGAAAAAUUAGAUCAGUUUAUGCAACUGAUG